AUGAAAUCUUUGAUUGUAUUCUUUGGACUCUUGUUUACGACAAGUUAUGCCAAAUAUCGUGCCGUCACUCUUAUCAACCCGCCGUUUGUCCAGAAGAAUGGCGAAGAAGUUCUCGAAGGCUUUUGCGUCGAUCUUAUGAGACAAGUAACACAACUCAAUGGACAUAAUUUUUCUCUAUAUCUAUCACCAAAUGGUUACGGAUUUAAUUUUCACGGCAAAUGGACGGGAAUGGUGGGAGAAUUGCUGAAACAGCGCGCCGACAUAGCGGUGGCUGACCUCACAAUCAAUAGCGACCGCAAAGCUGUGGUCGACUUCUCGACCCCAUUCUUCGAGAGCGGAAUUUCUGCGCUUUUGCUUAAAUCACAGACCAAUCAAAUCAGGUCUUGGAGUGAUUUAGCAAAUCAGGACAAUAUCUCAUUUGGUAUCCUAGAGAGCGGUCCCACGAGAAGGGCUUUCCAAUCGUCCGAAGAUCCAGUGAUCAGAAAGAUGUGGCGAAUGAUAUCAUCCAAUUCAUCCAAUUUUGUCAUCUCAUAUACCGAUGCACUCAGACGUAUCACAUCCGGGAAAUACAUAUUUAUAGGGGAAUCGUCUCAUAACGAGUAUAUAAGUGGCCAUCGAUGCGAUCUAACGACCAUUGAUUCCGGUCUGCCUCACGAUCGCAGGUAUGGAAUCGCUUUCCCCAAGAAUUCUCCACUUCUUCAGAGUUUCAAUCUUGCGAUCAACCAUUUGAAGGCAAACGGCAUUAUCAGUGAAUUGAGACGUAAGUGGUGGCGAUCCCAGUGCAAGUGA